CUUUGCCACAGCUAAGCUUACUCACGCGGUUCAUUUUUCUGCAGCCAAUUUGCUUAUAAGUUACGACCAACCCAAAUUUCUCUCUCUGAACUCUGAAGACUUCCCAAAAAAAAAUGGAGAAGAAAACGCAGGAGCUCAUAAACCAAAAUCAAAGCCAAAAACAGUACUCGGAUCAUCGAAAGGUGUGGGACUGUGGGAGCACUCUCUACGACUCGUUCGAGCUCAACUCGUUCAAGCGUCAUCUCGACUCGGCUAUUGCUUCUAGAACCUUAUCCAUGCCUCAUAUUCCUGAUCGCCGAUUCGACGUCGUCGUUCCUCCUCCUCCAGUGCUAAAGAAAUCUUCGAAGAUUUCUCGGUCGCUGAAUAGGCUCAUCAAAUCUGUUUUCUCAAAGUCUAAUAAGCAAGAUCGGGGUCAAUACUACGUCGUUUAUGAUAAGUCGGGAGCACUUACGACUAUUCCGGAGGGACCCGAGAUUGAUUACGGCGUGUUUUCUCCGGAGAUCGAGUACUCCAGCUUGGUGAAGAAAACGGCGUCGGAUAGGUUCAAGGCUGCUCCUAUUAUCGGUAUUUCAUGUGCCUAACAUAUUAUUAGGGUCUAGAGAUUAAUAAUUAUGUGAUGAUGUAUAAAAUUAGCUAUGUUUCGUGAUUUUGUGUUCAUAGUGGGAAGUCUACGUACGUUGGUUUGCCAAUAAUUAAUAUGAACGUCUUGCUUUAGUUAAAGGGUUAAUGCUAGCUUUGAAUGUUAUUGUUAGAAAAUAUAUAGAUGCUUUUUUUUUGUUCUAAA